AUGUCAGCCCCAGGCAACCAAGGAGGGGGACCUCCCCAAGCGAACCACCCAAAUACACGGCGGGCUCAGAGAGGACAAAACAUCACAGGACCGACGACGGCGCUUUCGGAUUUCCUCUCGACCUACAACAUCUCAGCACGUAAUAUUCGGCGUGCUGCUCAGCGUGGGACCCUGAGACGUAGCGGCGCAGCUCAAGCCGACGAUGAGCCUGGCGACGACACCGUUAACGGUCAUGCGCCAAGUCUACCUGCUACGACUGAAGAAGAAGAGGAGAAUGAGGAGGAUGAUGAUGAUGAGGAGGAGGAGGAGGAGGAGGAAAUCGUCGCGCGUCCAACUCGCAGGACUAGGCAGACUGCGACCAAGAAGUCGACACCUGUGAAGAAGCCGCCUCCAACCGCCAAGAAGCCCAAGAAGCGCAAAAGAUCAGAGGAUGAUUCCGACGUCUCUAGUGAUGACAACGACUCGGUUAAAGACUAUAUGAGUCUCCUAAGAUCCCGAGCGGGACAGGUCGAUCAUUGCGAAUUGUGCUUGAAAAAGUUCACCAUCACACCGUACACCAAGGCUGGGCCCAACGGCGGUCUGCUAUGCGCAGACUGUGGGCGCGUUAUCAAGGACGACAAACGUCCCGAGCCUGAUAAGUCUUUACCCAGGCCGAAGUCCAAGCCAGCCACAAAGGGGAUUGGCAAAAAGCGCCAGAUGAAGAGCCAAAUCAUGAACGGAACCUUCAAGAUUGGUACCAAAAGCCUUACCACUCUGUGUGUAGAGACUUUGGCUCGGAAUGUCGACCUCGUUGAGUCGCUUGGAGACAUGGCUCCACAUCUCAUUGACAAGAUCGCACAGCGGCUCUCGAAAAGGCGUCUCGUCGAUUCGAACACCCUCACGUUAUUCCUUGAGCCAUCGACAGAAGAACUUCGGAUUUAUGACGCUGCUAAGCUUACGGAGGAGGAUUUCAUUCGUUGUUUCUCCAUCUGCCAGAAGCUGCGACUCUUCAAGUUCAGGAAUGGCAUUCAUUUCAACGACAACGUCAUGAACUAUCUCGUGACACGGCACCUUACGCUUACGCACCUUUCCAUCCACGGGUCCAAUCUGAUCAGCGAGCAGAGCUGGGUUGGGUUCCUCGCUGCCAAGGGAGAACCUCUGGAGACACUGAAGGUUCAUUUCACAGACAAGCACUUUGGCGACCCCGUGAUUGCAGCAGUCAUUGAGCACUGCCCAAGCCUUACGAGCUUCAGCCUACAACACAUUGCCAAGCUCUCUACCGAGGGAAUCAGGCUCAUCAGUGGACUGAAGAAUCUCCAACAUCUCAGCCUACAACUGAACGACAAGAUUGAUGGGCAGUCCUGCGCGGACAUGGUUACGAAAAUUGGAAAAGGCUUGAGGACCCUUUCGCUCCGGCGUGCCGUCACUUGCGACGAUGAAUUGCUCGGUGCCACCCACGAGAGUUGCCAAAAUUUGGUCAAGCUGCGCCUUACGGAAUGUAGCGACUUUACGGAUGAAGGCUUUGUCAAUCUGUUCACUGACUGGAAAAACCCCGAGCUGGAAUACGUCGACUUCGCCAAGUGCCGACAUCUAGAGGCGAAGGAGGCGCGCAACCACGAAUCGGGCAUCGGCUUCUGCUCCGGUGCGCUUCGUGCACUCAUGAAUCAUAGUGGAACCGAGAUCCGUCACCUAAACCUCGACUCUGCACGCUACAUCUCCGCGGAUGCUUUUGAGGAGGUCUUUGCCGAGGGAAAAACCUAUCCCAAGCUUCAAUACCUCGAGCUCUCCUUCUGCGAGUCGGUGACUGAUUAUAUCAUUGAACGCAUCUUUAAGGCUUGCCCCGCCCUUAAAGAGCUUGUGGUCUUUGGCUGCAUGCUCGUGAAGGGUCUUGUCAGGGUUCCUCGAGGAAAGCUUCUCAUCGGCGUCCCUAACAUCAGAGGUAUGAUCAUCGAAGGAGACGACGACUGA